UGGCCACCUGCCUGGGAAAGUUGUGGUUGGUUGUUGUCCUUGGGAACGUUUCCGGGCGGGGACAGGAAUCGGGCCAUGAAAAAUACAUCGGGGACCCGUGAGCCCCGGACCCGUCCGAGAGAAAGAGACCCGGACCGGCGCCCGCACCCGGACCGAGACCGCCACGUCGAGCGGCCGCGGGACCGAGGUGGGGACAGGCACAGGGAGAGGAAUGGUGACGUGAGAGGAAACGGGGACCGUCGGGCGGGCCGGGAACAGAGAACGGACCGAGACCAGCGCCAGGACAGACACAGGGACGCGGGCCAUCGCGCAGCCGAACAAAGAGCCUGGGAGAAGUCCCGCCAAAGCCGUGCGCGGCCCGAGCCCUGGGGACCCAGUUGGGACGCAGCCCCGACUCCGGGACCCGCACCCUGGGGGCCCCCAGAGCUGUCGCAGAAGCAUGGCCUCGGGCGCCGCGGGUUGGAGAGUGAACUGGCUUCUGAAAGAUACGCGUCCACAUACUCCGGGCCUGCUCGACAGGGAGAGGAAUAUUACCAGUCGGAAGCCGAGGGUCUCCUGGAAUGCCACAAGUGCAGAUACUUGUGCACGGGGAGAGCCUGCUGCCAGAUGCUGGAGGUUCUGCUGAACUUGCUGAUCUUGGCCUGCAGCUCUGUCUCUUACAAUUCCACAGGGGGCUACACAGGCAUCACCAGCCUGGGGGGGAUUUACUACUACCAGUACGGAGGGGCUUAUAGCGGCUUCGAUGGUGCUGACGGGGAGAGAGCCCAGCAGCUGGAUGUCCAGUUCUACCAGCUCAAGCUGCCCACGGUCACUGCAGCAAUGGCCUACAGCGGAGCCCUCAUGACCUUCUCCUGUCUCCUCCUCCUCGGGGGUGCCCUGCGAGUUCCGUGGCAUUGUCCCCUGUGGCUGGUGAUCGAGGGCUUAAUGGAUGUACUCAUCGCUGGAGCCUAUGUCCCAGCCCUGUACUACUUCUUCCAGCACCUCUCCGCUGCCUAUAGCUCAGAUGUGUGCAAGGAGAGGGAGGCCCUGUACCAGAGCAAAGGUUACAGUGGCUUCACCUGCAGUGUCCAUGGGGGAGACAUAGGAGCUGGGGUCUUUGCAGCCAUGGCCAUUGGGGUCUUUGCCGUGGGAGCUGUCCUGGCUUUUAGGGGUUACCGGAAAGUCAAGAAGUUGAAGGAGAAGCCCACAGAAAUGCUCGAGUUUUAGACUUCUAGAAUGUUCUGUCACAUAUACGUGAUAGAUGUCAUUUUCAACCACAAUCAGUCACAAGAGUUCUUCCAGGUGGGACCCACUAAUGCUUCCAAAAUACCAUGCCAGUCUAGGUUUGCUGGGCUUAGCUCCUUGUUGCCUGGAGCAGUAAGUAUUCUCAGAGACAACAAGCUCUGGUUUCUGCCAUCUUCUGAGGAUGUGGAACUAACAGACUGUAUAUCAAAACCCCAAACACUGGAGCCAGGCUUGGUGAUACAGACUUGGAAUCUUUUCAUCCUAGCACUUGUAAGGCUGAGGCAGGAGGAUCUUGUGUUCAAGGCUAGUGUGGACCGACUGCAUAGCAAGAUCCUGUCUCCAAAGCAGAUAAUCAGCAACAGUGAAGGAGCUAGUAGAGGCUGGGACUCACAGGACAAAGGCAAAGGAUACUUCACGAUCAAGGCAGGAGCAAGCUACAUCAACAGAAGACAGCUCAGUCUGAACUCUCCUAAACUCAGCCCUCUCCAGCAGUCAACGGAGCAUCUCCACACUGAGUGUCCAGGCCCUGAACCCCGUUAACUCUAUGGAUUCUGGGGGAUACUUCCGCAGAAAAACUUUGAGGGUGUGGGGUAAGGAAAAGGAGAAUCAGAUUAAACUCUCAGGGCUGGAAAGCAACCAUUCUACCGGCCCCUUACAGUGUCCCCAAGCGCUCAAUAAGCAUUUGUACCUCCUAUAAAUGUGCCAUUGUAUAAAGAAUCCAACCCUACAGCUGGUUCAGGAUCUACUCAAAAGAAAAGAAUGUA